AGCAAUUCGCGCGACCAAAGCCUGCCUUGUGCAACCUUCACUGGACAUAUUGAUUGAUUUCAUGAUGCGGUGAUCAAAGAAUGCUUCAAUGGCCGAGGGUAGGGGAAGGAGCACAUCACCGCGCAAAAGCAAGCGAUCAUCAUUCAUGGCGCAGAGCUCAGAGGACGAUUCGCUGCUGAACACGCGCCAGCUCGAGGCAUUUGGCCGUACAGUCCACGCUACAGCAUCUCAGCUCAUCACCGGCUCCCACUUCUCCACCCACGAUGCCGCCCACAACACUGCUCUGUCUUCGGUGCGCCGAUUCUCCCAGCGACCAGCCAUCCAACGCAGCGUCUUCAGCUUCGCGAGAGCCAAUCCGAGAGAGCUGAUCCGCAGCAACUUCAACACCGCCGAGAUCGAGCAUCGCGCGCUGACAUAUCUGCCCGAUGAACUUUUGCGAAAUGUGCCGCAAAGCAAUUGCCCAUUCUCGUUGCUCGAUGGCUUCAGAGCGAGUCUGCCCGAUGCUGAUGGCACAGACAGCAAGGCCAGGAAGCGGAAACAUGGCAGACAUGGCUCGAAGUCGCAAAAGCUUUUAGAGGGGGUGGAAGAAGAGAUCAAAGGCCCGCCAAAGCUUAAGAAUCUGAAGCGAGAGAAGGAUCGAUUGGAGCACAGGCUAGAGAUGAUGGGGAUACGGAAGACCAUGUGCGCGAGCGAGAUCAAGGAAAUCGACCACAAGAUAUCAAAUCUGAAUACCAUGCGCAAAGUCAUCCUCGACAGACUAGCAGGGUUGGAGGAUGAAGAGCGCGACCUGGAGCAGGAAGUAGCCGAGGUGGCAGACAGGCUAGACAUAAUGCAAGAAGAAGUGGCAGAUGAGGAAGCUUUCGCUGCGAGAACAGACCCAGCGACAAUGGAGAAGGUGCAGGAACACGAUGAAGGUCUCGAAAAAGCGGAAGACAGCCCAGGAUUCAUGUCGGAGAGCAUAUAUGGAAAGCUGCCCAAACAGCGGGAAAGCCCGAGGAAGACCCCACGAAAGAAGGUGUCAAGGAGAAUAUCGAUGCCGAUCUUACACGAAAAUAUGGAGCCUGGAAGCAGAAUACGCGAGAUUCCUGCUCACAACGAUACCAUCACAGCAUUGGACUUUGACGCACCGUUCGGGAUCAUGGUCAGUGCCGCUCUGGACGACACCGUUCGAGUCUGGGACUUGAAUGCUGGACGUUGUAUGGGUAUGCUUGAAGGUCAUUUGAGUAGCGUUCGCUGCCUGCAGGUCGAAGGACACGUCGUAGCCACCGGAUCCAUGGACGCCAGUAUACGACUUUGGGAUUUGUCUCAAGCAGAUUACAACCCACAAGCACCGCCGUCCGAGGAGUCUUCAAAUGCCGGCGAAGACCUCUUCACACCUGCAGGUUCAGACUCUGGAUCUGCGCCUCAGCCUGAGUAUCACGGCAAUGCGAUGCAGGACUGCCACAUCUUCACAUUGCAAGCUCAUGUUGCUGAAGUAACAGCCCUGAACUUCAGAGGCACAACGCUUGUCUCUGGUUCUGCAGACAAAACACUUCGGCAGUGGGACCUCGAGAAAGGCCGAUGCGUGCAGACACUGGACGUUUUGUGGGCAGCCGCACAAGCAGCGACGCUCAAUCCAACCAUAGCUUCUACCCAAAACGGCAUGUCGCAAGAAUCAGGCGGCUGGUGGAGGCCGACCGGUGGGAGACUUCAGAACGCAGAAGCAGAUUUCAUUGGCGCGCUCCAAGUUUUUGAUGCUGCUCUUGCCUGUGGUACUGCAGAUGGCAUGGUUCGGCUGUGGGAUUUAAGGUCUGGCAUGGUCCAUCGAAGUCUUGUGGGCCACACUGGCCCGGUCACCGCGCUGCAAUUUGAUGAUGUAUAUAUGGUGACUGCUUCUCAAGAUAGGAGUGUCAGGAUAUGGGACCUCCGAACAGGAAACAUCCACGACGCAUUUGCUUUCGACAAUGCCAUCACCUCGAUGCAAUUCGAUACACGUAGAAUCGUCGCAGCAGCAGGCGAAGACGUCGUAAAGGUGUACGACAAGACAGAUGGACGGCACUGGGACUGCGGCGCAGGCGUUCUCAAGGACGAGGAGGAGAUCAGGCCUUCCGUCGUUGAGCGUGUACGGAUACGAGACGGCUAUCUCGUUGAAGGUAGACGAGACGGCGUCGUCGGCGUAUGGAGUUGCUAAGACGGUUGCCACGCCUCCAGAGGCUGAGAUUGUAUCGAUAAAGACUAGGGCGGAUGGUGCGCCACAGAUGAUUGUAUAUAAAUCGCAAAGGACUCACAGUCUCAUUGC